CUGGGUUAUUGAGAAAAGGCCCAAGAAAAGAAAGAGAACACACCUUACAUGGAAAAAGGGAAGAGGGGUUAUGAUAUUUAUGAUAUUUCCACAGUGAAAGCUUCAGGGUUUUACACAGCAAAGCAAAGAAGAAGAGAAAGAUGGGGGCAGUGAGAAAAGGAUGGUUGGGGCAAAUGGGUUUCAACAAAGGUGGAGGAAACAUCAAUUGGUUCCCGGGGCACAUGGCUGCAGCUACCCGUGCUAUUCGCCAACGCCUCAAACUCUCUGACCUUGUCAUUGAAGUCCGUGAUGCCCGUAUACCAUUGUCUUCGGCGAACGAAGACUUGCAGCCAUUGCUUUCUGGAAAAAGGCGAGUCAUUGCCCUCAAUAAGCAAGAUUUGGCUAACCGCAACCUCAUGCAUGGGUGGAUUAGUUAUUUCAAUUCAUGUAAACAAGAGUGUCUCCCAAUAAAUGCACACAGUAGAAGUUCUGUACAAAAGCUUCUUGAUCUGGUCGAGUUCAAACUGAAGGAGGUUAUGACAAGGGAACCUACUCUCCUUGUCAUGGUGUUGGGUGUUCCGAAUGUUGGAAAAUCAGCACUAAUCAACUCCAUCCAUCAAAUUGCAUUAUCCCGAUUUCCAGUGCAGGAGAAGAGGAAGAAGGCUAGAGUCGGGCCUUUGCCUGGUGUUACUCAAGAUAUUGCUGGAUUCAAGAUUGCACAUCGACCCAGCGUAUAUGUGCUGGACACUCCAGGAGUGUUGGUUCCAAGUAUCCCAGAUAUAGAAACCGGGCUAAAGCUGGCUCUUGCAGGGUCCGUGAAAGAUUCUGUGGUGGGUGAAGAGCGAAUUGCUCAGUACUUAUUAGCAGUGUUAAACACUCGAGGAACUCCUCUUCAUUGGAAGCACUUGGUUGGCAGGGACACUGAGGACCUUCACCUUGAGUUGGACAAGAAACUUGAAUCUAAAAUCAAAGAUCUUCUGAAUAAGAGCAAGAAGCCCAUCAACAAAUCUGAUGUCUACCGUGUUCAGGAUAUGGUUAGUGAAGUCCAACGCACACUUUACAUCACACACUCGGAGUUCAAUGGUAGUUUAGAAGAUGAAAAUGACCUAGAAACUCUAAUAGACCACCAGUUUGAAGCAUUGCAGAAGGCUCUAAAGAUACCUCAUAAGGCUUCAGAGGCUCGGAUAAUGGUAUCAAAGAAAUUCCUUACGUUAUUUAGAACAGGGAAACUAGGUUCUUUCAUCCUGGACGAUGUUCCUGAUGCAUCUGACUCUGUAUCUUGAAUCCUCGUUUUAAAUCUAUCAUCUAUAACUAAAAGCAAAAGUCUGUACCAUAGUGUAUUGUCAAUUUUCUUGAGUACCAAAAUUUUUUUGAGUAAAGUUUAUGGAUCUUGUAGUUGUUGUAGUGACAUUUUCUUGGAAAAUGACAGUUUCAGGUUCAAUUUGUUGAUCAUAAAUUUUGAUGAUAGUUAUUUAAUUAAUGUAAUGUGAAGCCGA